AGUUAUAUUUCCAGAUUACAUGGAUGGAGAACUUGCAAAAAAAUCAGAUCCCAAAUACCAGAUUCUAAAAAGUGAAGGCACUACAAAGUUUCGGAGUAGCCAAGAAGAAAACAAGAGAGCACCAUUGGAUACUGACAAUUCUUUGCCAUCAAUGCAAAAAAUAGAAUCAAAAAGCAAAUCAGAAGACACUGACUUGGAGAAAGGUAAGAUAGAAAUGGAGGUCAAGGUAGAGGACAGUGAUGCUGGGAUAAUGAAAAAACAGAAAUCCCAAGUAAAUGUAAGUGUCACGAGCAUGCCAAAAGAAGAGGAAGCCCAAGUAGAGAAGAUAGAGAUUGAAAUACCACAAGGGCAGGAAGCCCAAAAAGAAGAGAGUGAGGCUGAAAUACCACAAGGGCAGGAAGCCCAAGGAAAGAAGAGUGAGGUUAAAUUACCACAAAGACAGGGAUCCCAAGUAAAGAAGAGUAAGACUGGAACACCACAAGGACAGGGGUCCCAGGUAAAGAAGAGUGAGACUGGAACACCACAAGGACAGGGGUCCCAGGUAAAGAAGAGUGAGACUGGAACACCACAAGGACAGGGGUCCCAGGAAAAGAAGAGUGAGACUGGAACACCACAAGGACAGGGGUCCCAGGAAAAGAAGAGUGAGACUGGAAUACCACAAGGACAGGGGUCCCAAGUAAAGAAGAGUGAGACUGGAAUACCACAAGGACAGGGGUCCCAGGAAAAGAAGAGUGAGACUGGAACACCACAAGGACAGGGGUCCCAGGUAAAGAAGAGUGAGACUGGAAUACCACAAGGACAGGGGUCCCAGGUAAAAAAGAGUGAGACUGGAACACCACAAGGACAGGGGUCCCAGAAAAAGAAGAGACAGACUGGAACACCGCAAGGACAGGGGUCCCAGGUAAAGAAGAGUGAGACUGGAAUACCACAAGGACAGGGGUCCCAAGUAAAGAAGAGUGAGACUGGAAUACCACAAGGACAGGGGUCCCAGGAAAAGAAGAGUGAGACUGGAACACCACAAGGACAGGGGUCCCAGGUAAAGAAGAGUGAGACUGGAAUACCACAAGGACAGGGGUCCCAGGUAAAAAAGAGUGAGACUGGAACACCACAAGGACAGGGGUCCCAGGUAAAAAAGAGUGAGACUGGAACACCACAAGGACAGGGGUCCCAGAAAAAGAAGAGACAGACUGGAACACCGCAAGGACAGGGAUCCCAGGUAAAGAAGAGUGAGACUGGAAUACCACAAGGACAGGGGUCCCAAGUAAAGAAGAAUUCUAAGGAUCAAGAAAAGCAAGACAAUGAAAAGGGAGAUGUAGGAAAGAAUAAAGAUACAGAAGAAAAUGAUGCUGAAAACAAGGAAGAUGAUGGAGGAGAGAACAAAGUCAAAAGAAAGAAUGAAUCAAAAAUCAAGGGUAAAAGAGCAGAAAGUUUAUUAAGGCACAAAAGCAAGUAAAUCUUCCUUUACUUGUAAAGUACAACAAAAAAAGAUAAAGGUAAAUAAAAAGAAAGCCUAUAAGACAACUGAUUAUUAUGAUUCCAUUCUCCAAAUAUGUCAUAACCUAGCCAUUACCUAAUUGUAUCAUAAUUGUAGAAUCCCUUUAAUCUCCAUAAAGAGUUUCUGCUCUAUGGAAGUUUCACCAUCUUUAGACCUUUUGGCCACAAACCUCAGCUUCCAACUGUUUUAUAAUUUGGUACUUACAUUACUUGAUCAAGAAAGACUGGAUACUUUCUGAAAUAAAACAUGCUGAUUUUUAAAAGUAUAAUAAUUCCCUUUACGAGUAUUUUAUCUUUGUGACAGCCCAAACAAUCAACCAACCAAUAACUCCUCCUUGAGGGUUUAAUGUUUGCAAGGCACUGCUCUAGUGAUAAGGCGUAUACAGAAAAAUAUGAGUCCCUAUAAAUCAAAUAGCUUGUAACACAUAUAGUGAUAUAAUAUGUAUAAACAUGACAGUUUUUUAAAAGUAAAAUUUAAGCAUCAAAAUGUAGUUUAGAUGGGCAAUAUAAUACAAGUUAGCAAUUUCUUAGGAUAAGAAAGUAAAGGGGAGACCUUCAUGGGGAAGGGUGCAGUGGCUUAUGAUGUGUCUCAAAAGAUAGAUGAGAUGUCCAUAUGCUAAGUAGAAAGAGUAGAAGAAAAGCAAAAGAAUUAAAGAUUAUCAUGUCAUGUUCCAGGGAAAGCAGGCAAUUUUAUUGUUGCAGCAAGCUCAUGAGAAGCAUUUUGUGGUAUAAUUUGAAAAGGAGGAUUACAAGAAGAUUAUGAAGGGAUUUUAAAAACAAAUCAGAAAUUUAUAUUUUACUCGUCAGGCAACUGGAAGCCUUUCGAGGUGGUUGAGAAGGAGAAUGAAGUGACUAAGUUUGCAUUUUUUAAAUGUUGAUGUUAUGAUUGUGAAAAAUAUAUUGAAGAGGAGGAACAUUAUACAUAGUAAAUCUAGUUACGAGGUGCUUAAGAGUAGUUAGGUGAUGGAAAGAGAAUAAAGAGAAGAGGUAUAUUUUCUCAAAAAAGAAUCACUACUUCAUAAAGAUUGACUACAUAUGAGUAAAGAAAAAAUAAUCCAUGACUCCAUAACUAUUGAAACAGGGUGACAGACUUAUCAAUGACAAAUGAGCUAAUCUUUAGAACAGAAAGGGAGUAAUAAAUGAUUGUGUUCAAGGGGACAAACAAUAAUACUUGUCAUUUGAGGAGUCUGGAGUCAGUCCAAUAGAGGUCGCAAUUGAAUCCAUAAGAGUAAAUGACCUCUCCAAAGAAAAAAAGUACAAAGCUAGCAAAAGCAGAGGUCUAAGAACUGAGUCCAUUACAUGUAACAUGGUAAAGAAGGAAGUUAACUGAAGUAUGGAAAGAUACAAGGAGAAUCUGUAUAAUGAAUGUUAUGAUAAUUAAGAAAGGAUGAUUAAAGGAAAGCUGAGACUUCAAGGAGAAUAAGGACUGAAAGAGACCAUUGUAGUUGCUAUUUUGGUCAUAGCUGAUAAACUCUGUAAAAGGAAUUUUCAAAAAAAAAAGAUAGCUAGGAGAAGGAACUUAUGAAAACAGAAUAGAGAGACACAAAUAAUUAGCUGCAGGAUAUGCUUUACAAUAAAGUCAAUUUUAGUCUGAUCUAAAAAUAUGGUUUUUAGGAAUUUUAUUUUCAUACUACCAUGGUCUGUGCUUAGCCUAUACUCUGAAUAUUACAUUCAGCUCUGUCGCAGGAUGUGGAUUAACUAGAGUGCCUUCAGAAGAGAAAGACUAUGAUGGUAAGGGGACUCAAUUUCAAAUGAGCAGAAAGUUUCACAGCUUCACCUGGGGUGGUAGAAGGGACACACAAGGAGACAAGGAGAAUUAUUUUCAAAUAUAUAGGUUCAUCAUGGAUUAGAAUAUUUUGUAUAACCCCAAAGAAAUAAGACCAGUGAAUGGAAGUUCAAGUUAACAGAUUUUUAAGAAAAAAUAUGAAGAAAUGAGAUGCCUAAAAGAGUCUGAGCAAGAGUUGAAAAGUGCAUAAUCAUUCAGUGGGAAUGAAGCAGAGGAGAUGCUAAGGAAUCAGCUGAAUGGUUGGAAUGGAUUAUCUAUGGUUUCUUCCAAAUAUGAGUCUAUAAUUAAGAGUAUAUAAUUAUUUUGGACUAACUAGAUGUCUUCCAAGGAAACUCUUCAAACUAACAUGCUAGGAUUCUUUAAAGAGGUUUGACCAAAGAGAGAGAGAGAGCAAUCACCCUUUAGUCCCUAUCUAAA